AUGGCCACUCAGUGGACCCCGGUACCGUUUCGAUAUGUGACACCUGGUGAGGUGUUUGCGGCAGGCCUAGUCUUCCCACUCGUCUGCAUCGCGUUGGUCAGUGGCCGUCUUUAUGUCCGCCGGCACAAGAAGCAACAACUCGGCCCAGACGACUGGACGGCCGUUUUCGCAGUUUUCUUCCUCAUCGGUACGGGCGCCAGCUUGAUGACCGGCGAGCGGUUAGGCGUCAUGGGUUAUCCGAUGCCCGUCCCGGACGGCACCGAAGCGAGCGAGGCCUACUCCCUUUUCAACGCGGCCUACAUUACCAUAGCAAAAAUCGAGUUCGCCUUCCAAUUUCUGCAAUGUUUCCAGUUUGCUUUCGUCAAGUCUAGUGCCGUCUUUUUUUUCCGGCGCGUCUUCAUCGGCCACCGGGGGACUGUCUUCGACUGGUCGUCUGCCGUUCUCCUUGUGAUCAUUAACCUGUGGUCUAUCUCCUUCCUGAUGGCGCUCAUCUUCGGUUGCGGGAAGAACGUUGCCCUUCACUGGGGCCCGCUUCAGCAGCUCGAGGCCUCCGGCUGCGAUGGGAUUACCCCUGAGAAGGCCAACCUUAUCUCGGAUCCCAUCUUGGACUUUUUUAUUCUAGUGUUCCCUAUCCCCUCGAUUUGGCGCUUGAAUAUGUCUCUGGGGAAAAGGAUUGCAGUUACCGGCGUUUUUCUUGUUGGCACCAUGACCCUCGCAGCCAGCGUAACACGUCUAGCAAUACAUAUAAUCGUGCUAGACAUGGGAUACGGAGCAGGAUAUGAUCCCGAUCAAGUCGUUACCACGUUGUACUUCUGGACCCAGGUCGAGUGCGGGCUUGCCACUAUAGCCAUCAACCUUCCGACUAUGAGCUUCCUGCUUCACGAUCCCAAACUCUGGCCGAGACUGACUAAAGGAAUUAGUUGGUCAAAUCUGGUCCGACCAUUCUCUUCUAGAACUCGCGAAACCGUCUCCAGCGGAGGCACGGGGGGCAGAAAGCAUAUAAAUAUGGGCCAGGACAACAGUUUCCAUCCCUUGGAACCGUUGCCGUCAUUCGGGGAAGGGUAUCACGGCAGUCACCCGGCGAAGGAGCAUCAUUAUUUUGUCGAUGUAAUGGAGCCAGGGCCAAAUAGUUCUCCGGCCUGA